AUGGGCUUCAGUCCGCAGAUGCGGGGGAUGAUGAAGCUUCUGUGUGUUUUUAUGCUUGCCCUUUGGGCGGCGAGUGGUGCUUUGUGUGAGGAGUGUUCCCGUGUGAACCAACGUUUGCAGUGCGGAGCAUUCGCAUGUGAUACUAACCGCGGCGUCUGCGUCCCUUGUAACACCUCGGACGAAUGCUACCCUAGGGCCAUGGAAUGUAGGGCAGGGAAGUGCGUUGCUAAGGACCUUGCCAGAGGUUUUUCUGCUCUUUCGGGUGUGGCGCUACUAUGUGCAUUUGCCGUUUGUUCCAUUGCUGUCUUGGCCGGUGUUGGGGGUGGCGGCAUUCUUGUGCCCAUGUUUUGUUUGCUGAUGGAGGUGCCGAUGGACAUUGCGGUGGGACUGUCUCAAGCCACAAUAUGCGGACAGAGCAUUCUGAAUGUGUUUUUUGCCGUUCAGAAGCGUUUUCCUUCUUCUGAAUGCUCGCGUCCUUUGAUCAACUAUCAGUAUCUGACCCUCCUUAUCCCACUUGGAGUCAUUGGUACUCUCAUUGGGGGGGUGCUGAACAAGCUGUGCCCGGACCUGCUUCGGUUGAUCCUGUUGUUUAUCCUCCUUAUAACAGUUUUGUAUCGCACUGUGCGGAAAUUGAUAGCACAAUACCGGAAAGAUCAGGUUGUGAGAAGGGAACCGAUUCCAGUUCCAUCUUCAGAGGAGGAAGUGGCAGGCACAUUGCAUACGCCCGAAGGAACACCCAGUCUUAACCAACCUCAGUAUCCAUGGCUGGAAAUUCUAUGCGUGGUCUCUUCUUUUAUUGUGAAUUUGGCCUUUGCUGCAUGGAGGUCUCGUACGAAAUGUGGCGGUGGAGUGUAUAUUGUCACUUAUUGCAUACCGAUUAUUGCAAAUACGGUUCUGUUUCUUUGGUACCGGUAUCGAUUGGCGAAGAUGGAAAGAUGCAGAUUAACUUUUUACUGGAAUGUCAGAACCACAAUUCUGUAUCCGCUGGUAUCGGUAGUGGCCGGAAUUGCGGCAGCCAUGCUCGGUAUCGGAGGCGGUUUGGUGCUGGGCUUUGUUCUGUACGAAGUUGGUCUCAUUCCCGAGGAAGCAUCUGUCACAGGGGGUGCCGCGACCUUGUUUUUGGCCUUUUCUUCCGCGCUGAGUUUGUUGAUUGAGGGUCGUCUUCUUAUUGACUACGCAGGAGUUCUUUUUGCAUGCGGGCUUCUUAGUGCGGCUCUAGGAAACUUCGUGUUUAUGAGACUCAUCAAAAAGUACAAGUUGAGGUUUUUGAUUGUCGCGGCGUUGGCGAUGAUCAUUGCCGGCUCGCUUGCGUUUCUGUCAGGGUUCGGCAUCUACAACUCACUCAACCUCGUCAAUCAUGGCGGCUCAAUCCUGGCAUUUGGCCGUGUGUGCCGCUCUUCUCACCACCGUGGCGAGUAG